AUGCCGGAAAUGUUGAUGCAAAGCUUUGGUGUACUCGUCCUAGAGAUAGUAAGCGGACAAAGGACUACUUCAUUUUUAAACGAUGAGGAGAAUGUAGAAAACCUCUUAAGCUUUGCUUGGAGAAAUUGGACUGACGGCAAUGCUUGGAAUCUGGUAGAUCCUGUAAUACCACCCGGUUCUAGUACCGAGAUAUUGAGAUGCAUCCACAUCGGUUUGUUGUGUGUCCAAGACAACCCUGUAGACAGGGCAACGAUGUCUGCAGUCGAUCUGAUGUUGAGUAGUGAUUCUGUUACACUUCAAGUACCGGCACACCCUGCAUUUUAUACCGAGAGACAAAAUCUACCCAAUAUGCUCUUGGAGUGGAGCACAACGGCUAAGUCGAGUAUAAGAUCAGAUAAAGGUUCAAUCAAUAAUGUUUCAAUAACAGAGUUGCACCCUAGGUGA